AUGGAUCCAGAAUCGCGCUCUAGAGAAGAGCGCGAAGAGCUGCUGGCGGCCGACGAUCCAGACCACGAUGUGUCGUCCAAGGAGGACGAAGAGGGCCUGCUCCCGCAUCGGCCCGCCCCGCCCAGGCGCAGGUUGGGGUCAUCGAUAGCGAUGCUUUUUCUGGUCGCUUUUUCGCUCAUCCUGCUCGGUGGCGCCGCCCUGUCGGGCAUGACGGUGAUGCAGACGGAGCCGCCCGCGCCGCCGUCCCCGCCGGCUGCCGACGAUCCCGGCAAGGCGAAAACGCCAGAGGAGACGGGCAAAUCUGGGAUUUUACCCCCGUUCGACGAUUUUGAUUUGAGAAAGACGAAUUUCUUUGUUACGGAUCAGGAUGCCGAGGUGCGACAGUACGAAUUCAACAUUACGCGCGUCGAGGUGGAGGGUCCGGAUGGGGUUAAAAAAUCAAUGGUGCUUGUCAACGGGCAGAGUCCGGGUCCGUUGAUUGAGGCUAAUUCGGGUGAUUUGCUCAAGGUGGUUGUGCACAACUCGAUGCCUGGCGACGAGAGGACAACCAUUCAUUGGCACGGAAUCGACCAGCGGGAUAGCGUUCAGAUGGACGGAGUUUGGGGUGUUACUCAAUGCGGAAUUCCCCCAGGCGAGAGCUACACCUACGUGUUUGGUGUGCCAAAUCAAAGAGGAACGUUCUGGUACCAUGCACAUGUCUCGGUGCAAUAUACCGAUGGGUUAUACGGUCCUAUAAUCAUCCACGACCCCACCGAAAAGGUUCCCAAGGUCGAGGAGGAUAGGAUUAUCAUGAUUGGCGAUAUGCAUCACAUGGAUGGCAGACAGGCAGUCAAGGAAUAUCUGAGUACGUCAUCGAGUUGGAGCCCCGGGAUAACGGGCAUGGAGCCCUACCCUGACAAUAUCAUCAUCAACGGUCGCAACGUCUUCAACUGUAGUCAACCCGAAGACGAAGUCGUCGGCAAACGGCAUGAAGGGGAGGAGAUGAAGUGUGCUAGUGGUACCCGUUUCAACUCGCGCAUCAGGAGCAACACUGCAGCUCGACUUCGUAUUAUCAGCCACAGCUCCAACACCCCGAUGUGGUUCACCGUCGACAACCACACGCUCGAGAUAGUCGAGAUGGACGGCGUCGAGGUCGAGCCCGUGGCCACCACCAAAAUCUUCAUCAACCCUGGCCAGAGAUACUCGGCAAUCCUGCGUGCCAACCAGACGGCCGGAAACUAUCUGAUGCGUGCAAUCGCGACGUGCGCCAUGUUGGAUCCAAACCCACACUCCAACUUUGCCAGCGUAAACUCUCAAGGAACGGCUAUCCUUUCCUACGAUGAUGUCGACGCCGGUGCUGCUCCAAUCGGAAAGGCGUGGGAUCUGGGGGCAUUUGUGGCCAGUGAAGAUGUCGGGACUGAGCCUUGGCACAACAGAUGCGCAGAUUUGCCGUUCGAUUUAACCAAACCCAUGAGGCCUAUCGAUGCGUACGAGGUCGGAGAGAAGAAUAAGCAUUAUUUUAUGUUUAGGUUUGUUGAUGAUGGCAAGGGCGUCCAGCGAACCUCGAUCAACGACACUAUCUUCAACCCCCUCGACAACGAGGCCACAAUCUGGCAAGUCCCCGACUUUGACGAAGCCGCGGCGGCAGCAUCCUCCGCAGACUCAACCAUACCCCUCGGUGGCGUCUUCCAGCCAAAUCAGCACGUCCUCUACUCGGCCGACGAGACCAAGGGAGCCGAGAUCGCCAUCAGCGCCGGCAACAUGAUGGGUCACCCUUGGCACCUGCACGGACAGCAGUUCCAAAUCGUAGGCUGGGGUAAGGGCGAGUUUGGCAAGUCCAAGACGACGUGGAACUUGAAAAACCCUAUCAGGAGAGACACCGUCACGGUCGCGGGCCAUUCGCACGUCGUCAUCCGCUACGCCGCCGAUAACCCGGGCGUAUGGGCUCUUCAUUGUCAUAUUCAGUGGCAUGCCGAGGGUGGAAUGUUCAUGCAGACAGCUCAACGUGUCGGCGCUCUAAAGAAGCUUAUAGAUGGGAUGGGGGCGCAAGGGACCGAUGAUGUUCGACGUAAAUUUUGCAAGCAGCCGGUUAAACCGUAAAUCGUGUGUUGUUUAGAGAAAGGAUUGUUCCAUGUUUGCUUUUUUUGUUUCUAUAUUCGUUUUCCUCAUUCUUUUCUGCAUUUCAAGAUACCCAGCGAUGCUGUUGUAUUCCAUUCAUUAGUGCUGGGCACUUUCUUUUUGUACAUAUCCUGCCAGUUGAAUGAUUUGAAUCCAGCGUCUUACUUUUGGA